AUGGAGGAAAGGGAAACUGUGGCUGAGUAUUUGUUUAGGAUCAAUGACAUUGUCAAUAACAUGAAAUCCCUUGGUGAAGACAUUAAAGACUCUGAUGUUUCCUAUGAAAUGAGAAUUGGAACUCUAAUUGUUCAAAGAAGAGAAGCUGCACUUAAAGCCAAAGAAGUUACUGAAGAAUCUGAACGAAAGUCUGAAGAAGAUGAUCUUGAAGAGGAUGAAGUGGCCUAUAUGUCAAAGAAGUUCAAAAAAUUCAGGUUUAAGAAGAGAAGUCAAUCCCAAAAUCUAACUUGUUAUGGUUGUGGCAAGCUUGGCCAUUAUGUCUCAAGUUGUCCAACUUUAAAAGGGCAAAACCAAAGGAAGAAAGAAGGGGGAAACUUUAAGGGAAGAUUUGGAAGGAAGGCUUUUAUUUCAGAUUGGGAUUCAAUUUCUGAAGAAGAUAAACCUGAAGAAUCAAAAGAAGAUGAGUGUUUGUUUAUGGCUAUUCUUAAAACACCACAGACAGCAACUGAAGUUGAAGAAGGUAGGGAAGACAGUGACUCAAAGAUUGAAGAAAUACUUAAAGAAUGUGAGAGAUUUGCUGUGAAGUGCAAUCAACAAAAGUCUCAGCUGAAAGCCCUCAGUUUUGAAUUACAAAAAUCCAAACAACUUCUUGUUAAACUCUUCAAACUUAAGUUGUCAACCUUGUGUUCAGUUUCUCUUAUCUUCUCAAGUCUAAUGAAGUCUCAAUCCUAUACUGAAUGGUCAACCAAAAGAUGUAGAGAAGAAAUCUCACUGAUUCUUGAAGAAAGGUCUAUGAAAAUGAUUGAGAUUUGGAAGCACUACACAAAGCAAAUCGGGAAGACUGGAAUUGGUUACAUCUGUGACACUGUAACUAAAGUUAAACAAAAUGACACUGUGUUUGUUAAGGCACCCUCAGGUGAAGUAUAUGCAAGAUUUCCAAUUAUAAAACCCUCGAGAUCAAAUUAUGAUUUACUUGACAACACCUAUAGCAACUUAAGGUUGAAUGAAAGUGAUUUUGUCACAUCAUCCUUCAGGAAUUUCAAAGUUACCAAAAUGUAUGUGAAGAAGUCUGACUUAACUCAAGUUCAGAAAGUCAAAGAUAAUAGAUCUCUUGUGAAGUCUAAGAUGAUGUGGAUACCAAAGAGAAUGAAUGAUGUGAGUAUGUUAGUGUAUACAACUUUUAAAGCUGGUAACACUAAUGACAAAUGGUAUGUUGACAGUAGUUGCUCAAGACACAUGACAGGUGAUGGUUCCAAGUUUGUUUCUCUAAAAAACUUUGAUGAAGGAAAUGUUAUCUUUGGAGAUAAUCAAAAGGCCAAGAUAAUUGGUAUUGUGACUAUUAGUAAGCCUGAUGAAUUUCCUGAGAUCAAAGAGGUAUUACUUGUUGAAGGCCUCAAACACAAUCUUCUAAGUGUGAGUCAACUGUGUGACAAUGGGAAGAAGGUGUGUUUUGAUAAAGAGAAGUGUAAUGUUGUUGACAUUGAAUUAGAAAAGGUCAUAUUCUCAGCUUGCAGAUCCUCUAGAAAUGUGUACACAGUCUAUGAAGAAGCUACUUACUAUAAUUUGACCUCUCUAGAUGAAGCUAUACUGUGCAUCAAUGAUGAUAGUAGUUCUAUACCAGGAUCAACAGAAGCCAGUCCCUCUCAUUCUGUUCAAGGGUUAAAUGAGUCUGUUAAAUCCACUUCAGGACUUGAUGAUCAUAGGGAGGUCAUUUAUCCAGAAUUACAGAAACAAGUUCAAGCAAAAACGUCAUUGGUUCUCCUCAGGCUGAAAAGUGAAGAUUGGAUUGUUGCCAUGAAAGAAGAACUUGAUCAAAUUCACAAGAAUGACACUUGGACACUGAUUCUUAAACCUGCAGCUAAGAAUGUUAUUGGUUCCAAAUGGAUUUACAGAAACAAGUUGGACGAAAAAGGGACAGUUAUCAGAAACAAAGCUAGAUUGGUGUGUAAAGGAUACUCUCAAAAAGCUGGUAUUGACUAUGAUGAAACUUUUACCCUAGUUGCUAGGAUGGAAUCCAUUAGAAUGCUCCUGUCUUUUGCUUGUCAUAAACAAGUCAAAGUGUAUCAAAUGGAUGUUAAGUCUGCCUUUUUGAAUGGAGAGCUAAAUAAAGAAGUAUACUUGGAACAACCUGAAGUUUUUAAAGAUCCCAGGUCUAUCAUUAGAAGUCUAUUGUGUCUCACAGCUUCAAGACUUGAUAUUAUGUAUUCUGUGGGUUUAGUAGCAAGGUUUCAAAGCAAUCCAAGAAUCUCUCAUCUUCAAGCUGCCAAAAGAAUUCUUAUAUAUGUCAAGGGUACUAUCUCCUAUUGUCUACAUUAUAUCUUCUCACCUACAUUGUCUAUUACAGCCUUUUCAGAUGUUGAUUGGGUGGAUCCUUACCUGACAGAAAAAGUACAUUUGGAUGUUGCUAUCUUCUUGGUUCCAACUUAG